AGAUCGUUUCAUGUGGUGGAUGUCCUAUUCGUUCCAGCGGCUCGCAAGAGAACUGUUCAAAUAAUUGACAUCAUUCAGAGAGACAGCCGCUCAAAUCCUCGGCGCCUCCAUUUUCUUUUGUGCAGUUAUCUGCACAGCAGCGUGAUCCUUAAUUAUUGCAUAUUUACCUCAGCUCCAGCCCAAUUCCGGGUCCACAUAUUGUCCAGUUUCCCCAAUCAUUCUUCAUAGAGGAUAAGACUUGAGGCCAUUGCAUGGAGAUUUCUUCAGUCGGAAGGAAAGUUUGGAGCCAGGCGCUGAUCCGUGUCCCAACCUCUAUAUAUACAUGGCUUGUGGUUGAAGUAAAAUAAGUAACUAACAUAACUUCCACCAGUCCAAUGGCCGAACUCUCGGAGUCAGUCGAGGAGCAUCUACUCUCAUAUGAGGACCCUGCUCCUCCCCAUUCAAAACUUAUCACUACCACCCGUUUGGUGGUGAAAUGGGUCCUCGAGAUCGCAAUGGGUCUGAUCUUUGCUGCAUGGCUCACCCUCGUUUUUAUCUUCCCGGUGGAGCCCGUGAAUGAGUCCAUCAUCGCAUGGCUCGUCGCCACCAGCAGUCCAACCUAUGGCUUCACAGGAAGCACAUUCUUUUUAUUCAGUGGUCCGAUUCUGGUAAUCACAUUUCUUGCCAUUGCACGUCUCAUUGUUAUGGGUUCCCGGGAGGAAGAGCUCUUACUGAAGAACAAGUCUGCAAAGCAUCCAAGAUUGAGGUUGUGGACAUUUCCUGUUCUGGUGAAUGGACCAUUUGGAGUAGUUUCUGCAGCGGAGUUCAUCGGGAUAUGCCUCGUUUUUGUAUAUGUUUUGUGGGCAAUAAGUGCCUAUACCUUAGAGGAUAUUAGCAUAGCAUCUCUGUUCUCGUUGCCUCCCCUAGAAGAGAGGUUGUUCAUGUUGGAACUUUCCGCGCUUCGUAUAGGAGUCAUCGGGAUAUUUUGCUUGGCAUUUUUGUUCCUUCCGGUUGCUCGUGGAUCAGUUCUUCUUCGCCUCACAGAUAUUCCAUUUGAACAAGCUGCUAGGUAUCAUGUGUGGCUCGGACAUCUCACAAUGAUGCUCUUCACCCUCCAUGGACUGUUUUUCGUGAUAGCUUGGGCAAUGGAAGGCACUCUAAUAAAUGAAAUAACUUCGUGGGGAGGUUCUGGUGUCGCCAUUUUCCCGGGAGUUAUAAGCCUGUUGGCUGGCCUGCUGAUGUGGGUCACAUCUCUUCCUCCGGUGAGAAAGAAGCAGUUCGAGGUGUUCUUCUACACACACCAGCUGUACGUUGUGUUCGUCGUAUUCUUAGCAUUGCAUGUUGGCGACUAUACAUUCUGCAUCGCUUGUGGAGGAAUCUUCCUCUUUAUGCUAGAUCGCUUCUUGAGGUUCUGCCAAUCACGAAGAACUGUCAACGUCAUAUCAGCGACGCGCCUCCCUUGUGGAAUUAUUGAACUAGUCCUCUCAAAGCCAGAAAAUCUGCAGUAUAAUGCCCUGAGUUUCAUUUUUAUUCGAAUCCGUGAACUGUCUUGGCUGCAGUGGCAUCCUUUUAGCGUUUCAUCAAGUCCCCUUGACGGGAAAAAUCGUAUCUCUGUCAUCAUUAAAGUUUUGGGGAAGUGGACAGCAAAACUAGACAGGAAUAUCUCGGAUAUCAUUGAGAUUCGUGAUCAAAACGAGACAGCUUUCCAACCUCAUAAGAUAACAGCCUCAGUCGAGGGGCCUUACGGGCAUGAGUUACCUUACCAUUUGACGUACAAGAACCUUGUUCUGGUAGCAGGAGGGAUCGGAGUUUCACCGUUCUUUGCCAUCUUGAGUGAUAUCCUCCACCGUGUCGGGGAAGGGAAACCGUGUCUACCGAGAAAAGUCCUACUCGUUUGGGCCAUCAAAAAGUCCAACGAGCUUCCUCUGCUUUCCACUCUCGAUAUGGAGUCUAUCUGUCCCUUCUCCCCAUACAAAUUAAAUCUGGAAAUCGAUGUAUAUAUUACUCGAGAAUCAGAACCUUCACUGGAAGAAGGUAACAUUGAGAGCACUAAGAGCUCACAUGUCUUUCCCAUCUCGAACGGGCAUGGGAUGUCUGUUUUAGUCGGUACUGGUAACAAUAUUUGGUUGGGACUAUAUGUGAUGUCUUCAGUCGUCGGAUUUAUAGUUUUGAUGAGUCUUUUGAACAUCUUCUACAUAAACCAUUUCUACAUAACAAACUCGUGGUACAGAGGGCUUCUUUUCGUGGUGUGCAUGCUCGUAAGCGUGAUUGUAUUCGGAGGCCUCGUUGUGUUUCUAUGGUCCUGCUGGGAGAAACAUAUGUCUGCGGUCGAUAAAUCUGAGCACCGCAAGCGAAACGUACAGACUGCUUCCGUGAUUCAAAGCGAUUCGCCUCAGAGGAAAUCUGUCGGUUCAAGAAGAGUUCUCUACGGCUCAAGACCAAACUUCCAAGAAAUCUUGGGAUCAUUAUCGGACCUGUGGGGCCACGUCGAUAUUGGCGUAAUUGUGUGUGGUCCUGCAACUUUGGAGGCCAGUGUGGCCAAGGAAUGCAGAUCUCGUAACCUAAAGAGAGGAUCAGACAGCCCAAUCUUCCAUUUUCAUAGCCAUACUUUUGAUUUAUAGCUGCCAUAAUAGAUGGCUUUGAGCAGAUCCCGCCUCAUCAGAAAGGCUUUCUUCGUCCCAAAGGAGACAAGAUAUGAAUCGAUACGAGGAGAAUUAUACCCUGCACAUGAGUAUGAUCAGCGGCAUCCUUUUGCAAUCUUUGAGAGAGAAGCGUGAUUAAUUGUGUACUAUUUACUUCAGUAAUCUUUGAGUCGUUGUACAUAACAAUUAUUAUCAUUACAUGUUUUUAUAUGUACCAUAAUAAUUUAUGAAGGCCAAGAAGGCCCUUCGAUGGGCUUCUUGGCUCGACAGAUUCCGAGCCCACCAACCCAAAACUCUAAAGCAUCCGAUGGAUGGAUGAGAUGAGAUGCUGUCUCCAGUCAUGUAGUUAGUCCCACCUGUCAUUUUUCUUUUAUGAGUCAUGCGGUAUGAUUAUUCAUGUACAUCGCCUUGUAGCAUUUAUGCAACCAUUAUCAUUCAUUAUGCACACGAAAUUGCUCGGCAGUUUUCGAGUUAUGGGCAUAAUUAUUCCUUA